AUGGCUCUGGCGGAGCUCGGAGCCCAGGUACUGGCCGAGAGUCCUCUGCUGCCUCUCUUAAAUGAGAUCAGACUCACCGCGGACUACAUCCUCCGUGCGUCCCACAGCGUAGCGCUCUCCCUGGGCAGAGGGAUGGCUUCAACCAUGGUGGCGCAGAGACAUUUGUGGUUGACACUCUCUGAUAUCCCCGACAGAGACCGGGCCACAUACCUGGAUGAACCAGUUAUGGCGGCUGGGUUAUUCGGUCAGUCUCUCGAAGUUAUUCAGGCGAAAUUCGAGCUGAGGAAGAAGCAGGCAGAAGCUCUGCGCUGCAUUAUCCCCAGACGGGACUCGAGACCCAAGACCAGCACACAGAAGCCGGCCACACAGCCGCCUCCGGUGAAGAGAACGGUGCUGCCCGGGAGCCUAGGCACCCAGCCACCGCAGCCUCAUAACCACGGCCAACCCCCCCCCACCAGUCGGCUUGGAGCAAGGGCCCCCCUCCGGGUGUUCAGAAAGGCGCGAUGCCUCGGAGGAAGAAGACGCAGUCCUCCUAACUGUGGGACCGUCACUGCAGGGACUUCGGGACCAGGGAGACAUCCAGCUCCAAGGAGCAGGCUACAGAGCAUCUGUCUCAGGUUCUGUCGCACAUUCAGGCUCUGGGUUUUUCUGUGUGCAUUACGUCACCGCCACAGAAAGCUAACGAUAACUGCCUCAUGCAUGAAGGCUCUCAGUUCUUGGAGGGAACCCGGCCUGCURUGCCGAGGCUCACCGAUAGGGAGAGUGUCCUUUCGCAAAGUGGUAUCCACAGAYGCCUCCCUGGUGGGGUGGGGGGCUCUGUGCGAUGGUGCGGCAGUGAGUGGGGUUUGGACUCUGAAGCAGUCCAGACUCCACAUAAACUGCCUGGAAUUGUUAGCGGUUCUGUUAGCACUGAAACAAUUUUGUCCAGUUCUGCAGAACCAACAUGUUCUGAUCAGAACAGACAACACGACUGUAGUGUCAUAUAUAAACAGACAGGGGGGAACACGGUCUCUUCCCCUGUUGGAACUGUCUCACACUCUCUUGCAGUGGUGCAACGUGCAUUUCCUGUCUAUCAGGGCCACUCACGUUCCUGGGAGACUGAAUCUGGGCCCAGAUCUACUCUCCAGGGGCAGACCUAUGGUGAGGGAGUGGAGGCUGCAUCCCUCAGUGGUGGACCAGAUUUGGACCAUGUUUGGCAGAGCAGCAGUGGAUCUCUUUGCCACAGGGGCCAACACCCACUGCCCUCUGUUCUUUUCCAUAACGGAUCAGAACGCCCCACUAGGGGUGGAUGCUCUAGCCCACCCAUGGCCCAAUGUACUGCUGUAUGCAUUUCCCCCAGUGGAGAUGAUACUGCCUGUACUAGAGAGGGUGCGCAGACAGCGUCUGUCUCUGAUUCUGAUGGCGCCCCACUGGCCAGCGAAGUGUUGGUACGCCGAGAUAAUCAGCCUGCUGGCUGCUCAGCCCUGGCAACUUCCUCUUCACCAAGAUCUCCUCUCUCAGGCAGGGGGGGGUGGGAUAUUUCACCCACACCCAGAGUUGUGGAGGCUGCACGCCUACCUGCUGAAAGGUCCUGCUUGCUAGCCAGGGGCCUUCCCCCGGCAGUGGUGGCAACUAUCCAGAACGCGAGAGCGCCCUCCACUAGAGGUUUAUAUACUUACAAUUGGCACGCUUUCGAGCAGUGGUGUGAGGUCACGCACAUUGUUCCGUUCCAGUGCUCUAUGGUGGACGUUUUAACAUUCCUUCAGGAGCUGCUGGAUAAAGGUCUGGCUUUUUCUACAAUUAAAGUCUACUUAGCAGCUACUGUAUCUCUGCUUGCCAUGUGGGUUUUGAUGGAGUUACGCCAGGUGCUCAUCCUCUAGCAGUGCAUUUUCUGAAGKGGGUCCGUAGGCUACGGCCUGUUAUUAAACCCAGUAUCCCUACCUGGGAUCUUACUGUGGUGCUUGAGUCUCUCUUUGACCCCCCUUUUGAGCCCCUGGAGUCUGUGGAUUUGAAGUUCCUUUCAUAUAAAGUUGUGUUGCUUYURGCACUAACAACUGUUAAACAGGUCGGGGAUCUCCAUGCUCUAUCUGUGAAUCCCUCCUGUAUUCAGUUUUCACCUGAUGGCUCCAAGGUGGUUCUGCAUCCAAACUCGAUCUCCCUAAGGUGAUACCUUCUAACUACAGCUCCAUGUCUAUUGAGCUUUGUAGUUUUUAUCCUCCCCA